UCCCACCAAUCUUAUAAAUAAAUAAAACAAUUCUUGAAAAAACCAAAACACCAAAUUAAACAAGAUUUUAUAGCUCUUAAAUGGGAAAUAUAAUUAGCACUAACAAAUUAAAUUAGAGAACCCACAUGAAGGAAUAUUAUCACCAGAUACUCCAGCAUCUUCCAUUCUGCAUGAGAUUAAGUUUGUUUCUAAAAUAGAAUUAACCCUGCAAUCAUUUGCUAGUUAUUACCAUUAAAGAUACAAAAAUUUCCCAAUAAAGCCAUUACUUACCAUAUUAGUCUCAGGCAAAACAAUUCAUGUUUAGCCUUAACCCAAACUAUUUUAUCUUUCUGGCACUAUAUAUAAGAUGCAAAUAUGCUCUUAAUCUCAUGCAUUAAUCCACUGUUCUUAAGCUUAAUUUGGCACUUCUCAAAAAACUUUGUUUUUGUAAAAAAAAAAAAAGAAUUUAGAGAAAAAAAGAAACCAGAGAGAUUAAAUUACUAUGGCUAAAUCAUCUUCAUUGCUUUUCUCUGCUUUCUUCUUCUUCUUCUUCCUCCUGUUUGCCAUGGCCUUUGUCAUCGACAUCUCACAUGCUGGCGGAGAGGGGUCACUUACUAAAGAACAAUGUCCAAAGGCAUGCGAUUUUAGGUGUUCAGCAACCCACCAUCGGGGCAACUGCAUAGAUCUUUGCAACAAGUGCUGUGAAAAAUGUCUGUGUGUUCCAAGUGGCACAUAUGGCCACAAGGAAGAGUGUCCAUGCUAUAACAAUUGGAAAACCAAGGAGGGAACCCCCAAAUGCCCUUGACCAUUUACCUAAAAUUAUUUUUACGUAAUUUCUUUGUAUCUUUCACUUGUUUUUUAUGGGAAAUUAGAAAGAAAAAAAACAAAAAGCUUUUUUGGGUAUGGUUACAUUUUUAUUAUUAAAUUGUC